CUAGGAUAUACUUAAAUUCAACUUUCAAGUAGCAAACAAGUGCUAUUAAAGCUCUCGCUGAAAACUUCAGAUAAAUUUGUUUACAGUUUCACAUCUCAUCAAUCUUCUACAUCAAGCCACAUCAUGUUAAAUAAGAAUAUUCUGCUGUUGUCUCUCAAGAUUAGUCUCCUAGGAAUCGCCCUUGGUGGGAAUGUUCUGAUUUGGCCAAUGGAAGGUAGUCAUUGGCUGAACAUUAAGAUAAUUAUAGAUGAGUUGAUUAAAAAAGAGCAUAACGUGACUGUCUUAGUUGCCUCUGGUGCACUUUUCAUCACACCGACCUUUAACCCAUCUCUGACAUUUGAAAUAUAUAAGGUGCCCUUUGACAAAGGAAGAGUAGAAGGAAUAAUCAAGGAAUUUGUAUUGACAUGGAUGGAAAAUAGGCCAUCUCCUUCAACCAUUUGGAGAUUCUAUCAGGAAAUGGCCAAAGUCAUUAAGAACUUCCACAUGCUGUCUAGAGAAAUCUGUGAUGGUGUUCUCAAAAACCAAAAGCUGAUGGACAAGCUGAAGAAAAGCAAAUUUGAAGUCCUAAUAUCAGAUCCAGUGUUCCCUUGUGGUGAUAUAGUAGCUUUAAAACUGGGAGUUCCAUUUAUGUACUCCUUAAGAUUUUCUCCAGCUUCAACAGUGGAAAAGCAUUGUGGGAAGGUACCAUUCCCUCCUUCCUAUGUUCCUGCUAUAUUAUCAGAACUCACUGACCAGAUGUCUUUCACUGACAGAGUAAGAAAUUUCAUCUCCUACAGUCUACAGGACUACAUGUUUGACACUCUUUGGAAAUCAUGGGAUUCUUACUACAGUAAAGCUUUGGAUGGUAGCCAUUGGUUAAAUAUUAAGAUCAUUCUAGAAGAGCUGAUUCAAAGAAAUCACAAUGUGACUGUACUGGCUUCAUCAACAACUCUAUUCAUCAAUUCUAAUCCUGAUUCUUCUGUGAAUUUUGAGGUAAUACCUGUCUCCUUUACGAACGACAACUUAGAUUCCUUAAUUGAACACAUGAUAAUGCUAUGGAUAGACCACAGACCAACUCCUCUCACACUCUGGAGUUUCUAUAAAGAACUAGGAAAACUUCUAGAUACUUUUUUUCGAAUCAAUAUACAAAUCUGUGAUGGAGUAUUAAACAACCCCAAGUUAAUGGCAAGACUUCAGAAACGUGGUUUUGAUGUGUUAGUAGCAGACCCAGUAACUAUCUGUGGGGACCUCGUUGCUCUGAAAUUAGGAAUUCCAUUUGUGUAUACAUUGAGGUUCUCUCCAGCUUCCACAGUUGAGAGACACUGUGGGAAAAUCCCAGCACCUGCCUCCUAUGUACCUGCAGCUUUGUCAGAGCUCACUGACCAGAUGACCUUUGGUGAGAGGGUUAAAAAUACUAUCUCUUAUCCUCUGCAAGACUACAUAUUUCAGUCCUACUGGGGAGAAUGGAAUUCAUACUACAGCAAAGUUCUAGGAAGACCCACUACAUUAUGUGAGAUUAUGGGGAAAGCAGAAAUUUGGCUAAUCCGGACAUAUUGGGAUUUUGAAUUUCCUCGCCCAUACUUACCUAAUUUUGAGUUUGUAGGAGGGUUGCACUGCAAACCUGCCAAACCAUUACCUAAGGAAAUGGAAGAAUUUGUCCAAAGUUCAGGUGAAGAUGGUGUUGUGGUGUUUUCUCUGGGGUCAAUGGUCAAAAAUCUCACAGAUGAAAAGGCCAAUCUCAUUGCCUCGGCUCUUGCCCAGAUUCCACAGAAGGUUUUAUGGAGAUACAAAGGAAACAAACCAGCCACGUUGGGAACCAAUACUCGGCUCUAUGACUGGAUACCCCAGAAUGAUCUUCUUGGUCAUCCCAAAACAAAAGCUUUUAUCACUCAUGGUGGAACCAAUGGGAUCUAUGAAGCUAUUUAUCACGGGGUUCCUAUGGUGGGAGUGCCUAUGUUUGCUGAUCAGCCUGACAACAUCGCUCACAUGAAGGCCAAAGGAGCAGCUGUGGAGGUGAACAUCAACACAAUGACCAGUGCAGAUCUGCUCCAUGCCCUGAGAACAGUCAUUAAUGAACCUUCUUAUAAAGAGAAUGCUACAAGAUUAUCGAGGAUUCACCAUGAUCAACCUGUAAAGCCCCUGGACCGAGCAGUCUUCUGGAUCGAGUUUGUCAUGCGCCACAAAGGAGCCAAGCACCUGCGGCCGGCCUCCCAUGACCUCACCUGGUUCCAGUACCACUCCUUGGAUGUGAUUGGGUUUCUGCUGGCCUGUGUGGCAACUGCUAUAUUCUUGGUCACAAAAUGUUGUUUGUUUUCUUGUCGAAAAUUUAAUAAAGCAGGAAAGAAGAAAAAGAGGGAGUAGAUCUUUCUAAGCUGGGAAGAGGCCUUAAUGGGCAAUUCCGUUCAUUCUAAUCACCGUGACCUUAAUGAAAACACAGUAUCUCCAUCUCAUUUUCAAAAUUCCCAUUCUUCUACUCUAGCCUAGAGGUAAAGCCUAAAAUUCAACAUGAUCAUUAACUAGUGAACAUGUCCCAGUAUUCCUUUGUCUUUUCCUUUACCCUUUCCUCUCAUUUUCCUGGCACAAGGACACUAAUAAUUUUAUUAUCCUUUUAGUCAAAAUAUCAUUAUUUUUCAUUAUGCCUAACCUUAAGAGUAUGCUGACUGACCACAUGCUGAAUCCUGAGGAACUCACAAAGUUUCUUUUUCAUAAAAAUAAGGCCUUCUGCUUGCCCAAAUUUGCUGGGGUCAGAGCCUAAAUUGAUAAGUACUGCAACAGUGCAUCAUACUAGGGAAGGUCUGCAAAUUCCUAUUUCAUACAUAGAUAAUCACGGCCUUUGUUCCUGCCUAUUAUCAAUAAGUACUCAGGUGUACCUAUUUUUGAAACAAGGGUAUGGGGACUGCCCUCAAACAAAAGAGAGUAAUUGAGUCACUAUUUUUCCUCAGGGACAGAGAAUGUCAGCAGUAUGUUAAAGGUGAAUAGGUCAUCUAUAGAGGAAAUUAUUAAGAAAUAUGGAAAAAAAUUAGUACUUUUAUGAGAUGUUUAAUUAACAGUACAAGUAAUAACAUUAACGUUAAAUGUCAAUUUAUUAUAUUGUAAAAUCACUGAUGCUCAUAGUCUGUAAUCAGUCUUUAUAAUCAAAGAUUUAGUUCCCUAGCAAAAACAAAUAUUUACCUGGAAUGUAAGACCAUCAUAUUAUUUUUCAGUCUGUAUAUCUUACAAAUUUAAAUGUAUCAAUUAAAUAUUAUGUCAAGGAUGUAAGAUAUUAGCAGACCUGCUUGGCUAAGAGUAUGUUUUAGUAAAUACUUAUGACACAAAACACUAAUUAAAAUUCAUAUUUGAAUCAGCUUUGCAUUAAUUUAACAAAUAAAGACUGCACUUUCUUUAUCCCUUAUACACUUAAUGACAUAUUCUAAUUAAAGUUUUAAUUUCAAUAGUUGAUGUAUAAUUGAGGUGAUAAAUUACAGCUGUUGGCUUAUUGAAAUUUUUGAAAUUCAUGUUUAUUUCAACAUGGCAUAUUGAAAAUUACUUCCAAUUUAAAAAUAAAUGCAUGAUAUGUGGUAUAUAGGAAUAUAGGAAUAUGUGUUUCUUUUGAAUAUGUACAUUCGUGAAAAUGCAAAUAAAUUCUUAAAUCUUUU